AUGGACAAUUACGAUGUGAUCAAGGCCAUUGGGGAAGGUGCCUUCGGGAAAGCAUUCUUGGCUAAAGGGAAAUCAGAUAGCAAGCACUGUGUUAUAAAAGAGAUCGAUUUUGCAAAGAUGCCCAUCCAAGAAAAAGAAGCUUCAAAGAAAGAGGUAAUUCUUCUGGCCCAGAUGAAGCAUCCCAACAUUGUAACAUUCUUCAGUUCGUUUCAAGAGAACAACAGGUUGUUUAUUGUGAUGGAGUACUGUGACGGAGGAGAUCUCAUGAGAAGGAUCCAUAGACAACAGGGAGUGUUAUUUAGCGAAGAUCAGAUUCUGAGUUGGUUUGUACAGAUUUCUCUAGGACUAAAAUAUAUUCAUGACAGGAAGAUCUUACACAGAGACAUAAAAGCGCAGAACAUUUUUCUUAGCAAGAACGGAAUGGUUGCAAAGCUUGGGGACUUUGGUAUAGCAAGAGUUCUGAACAAUUCCAUGGAACUUGCUAGAACUUGUGUUGGAACACCAUACUACCUGUCCCCAGAGAUCUGUCAGAAUAAACCCUACAACAAUAAAACGGAUAUUUGGUCUCUUGGCUGUGUCUUGUAUGAGCUUUGCACACUCAAGCAUCCUUUUGAGGGUAACAACUUACACCAGCUGGUUCUGAGGAUUUGUCAAGCACAUUUUGCCCCGAUAUCACCAAGGUUCUCCCGUGACCUGCAGGCCUUGAUAUCUCAGCUCUUUGAAGUAUCUCCCCGAGAUCGGCCGUCUAUUAAUUCCAUUUUGAAAAGGCCCUUUUUAGAGAACCUUAUUGCCAAAUACUUGACUCCCGAGGUCAUUCAGGAGGACUUCAGUCACAGCCUCACACAUAAAGCAAGACCGUUGGCUUCUCAGCCUGCAGGGAAGUGGGUGCAAGAUUCUACGAUACAGAAAGUGAGAUUCCAGGGAAAGUGCCUACCAAGAUCAAGGCCAUCAGAGCCACUUAAAAGGAAGGAGAUAUUGUAUAGAAAUGAAUGGAUCCCACCAGCUGGAGCUCGGAAGCCUGUACCUAUAAAAAUGGUAGAAAGGCCCAAACUUGCUGCAAUGCAUGGACAUUAUGACUAUUAUUAUGCCCAACUUGACGUGUUGAGGAAGAGAGUGCACAAACCAACUUACCACUGUGUUCCUCAAAAAGAUUCUGGAGUUGAGGAGAAUUAUAAUCAGAAAGAAAGCCACAGUCCAUCACCAGAUCAAUGGCCUGCUGAAUACCUUCAGAGGAAAUUUGAAGCUCAACAAUAUAAGUUAAAAGUGGAAAAGCAGUUGGGUCUUCGUCCAUCUUCUGCUGAGCCAAAUCACAACUGGAGACAAAAGCUAAGAAGCAACAGAGAAGAGUCUCGAUUCCAGGAGCUGCAGAUCAGGAGAAACGAAAUGAAGGAACAGGAAUAUUGGAAGCAGUUAGAGGAAAUUCGCCAACAGUACCACAAUGACAUGAAGGAAAUUAGAAAGAAGAUGGGGAGUGAACUGGAGGAGGACUCACAAAUAAGUCAUAAAACCUAUGUAGUGAAGAAAAGUGACCUGCCCGUCCACCAAGAGGCACCUGAGGAAAAAGCGCCUGUGCAGGACAUUGAAAGAGACUUGAAACAAAUUAGAGUUCAGAACAUAAAGGAAAGUAAAAUUCUAGAACAAAACUGUAAAGCCAAGAGAGGGGUGAAGUUUGAAAUUAGUUUAAACCAAUGUAUUUCUGAUGAAAACACCCUCCAAGAGGAAGAGGCAAUGGAUGUGCAAAAUAAAACUCUGACCUUUGAGCAUGGCAUGAAGCUUAAGGAAUAUAAGUGCGUGAAGGAGUAUGAAGAUUAUACAGACAAAGCAUUUGAAGAACUCUGUUGCCCAGAAGCAGGUACGUAUACUGGUGCCUCGGCAGAGAGCAGGAGACGGUGGGAUGUGCCAGCUGCUCAGACUGUGCUAGAGAUGAUGACAGCAGGGGACAUCACCUCCACCUGCACCCCUGUGCCCGAGGUGGGAACAUUAGAACAAUGGCUUCCUAAAGAAGAUGAGGGGAAUAUGGAAAUGGCCUCUGGCAUUGAAGUAGAUGAGGAACAACCAAGAUCUGACGAUGACGAUACGAAUUUUGAAGAAUCUGAAGAUGAUUUGAGAAACGAAGUAGUAGAAUCCCUGGAAAAACUUCCUACUUCCAAAGAGGAAGAAAAAAGAGAAGAGGCUCCUGGUUUCACUAAGGGUGCUGAAAAGUUCGGAGGAGAGGGGAUAGGCACCCAGAAAUAUGCAGAAUUAAAUGAAGGUUUAGAGAAUAUUUCUACUCGAGCUAAUGACAAAGUAUGCAUUGCUGAUGAAAACCGAGAAACAUCAACAACCUGUCAAAAUAUACAAGUGUGAUUAUUGUACUUUUUCAUAAGUGUGGAAGAGAGAGG